AAACAUUCUACAUGAAGUAUUUCGUAUUUGAAGAAGAAGAAAAGAAAAAUGAAGUUGGAAGAUAAAGUUAUUCGUUCAUUUCGUGUUGCAAAAGUAUUUCGAGAAAAUAGUGAUCGUGUAAAUCACUUGGAUCUGUCUGCUAAUGGCGAGACAUUGAUUACAAGCAGUGAUGAUGAUUCAAUGGUUAUAUAUGAUUGUCUGGAAGGAAAACCAAGGCGUACAUUAUACAGUAAGAAAUAUGGUGUGGCCCUAAUUCAAUAUACGCAUGCAGCAAACACUGUGAUCCAUGCUUCAACCAAAGUUGAUGACACAAUCCGUUAUUUGUCUCUUCAUGACAACAAAUUUCUUAGAUAUUUUCAAGGGCAUACAAAAAGGGUCGUGACAUUGUGUAUGUCACCGUUGGAUGAUUCUUUCAUAUCUGGCUCUUUGGACAAAACUUUGCGAUUAUGGGAUUUGCGUUCUCACAACUGUCAGGGUCUAAUGCAAGUGAAUGGUAGGCCUGUAGCAGCCUUUGAUCCAGAAGGUUUGGUUUUCUCAGCUGGAGUGGAUAGUGAGAUGAUAAAACUGUAUGACCUGAGAUCUUUUGACAAGGGACCAUUUUCAACAUUCCACAUUCCAGGAACUACUGCUGGAACAGAGUGGACUAAUUUGAAAUUUAGCAAUGAUGGUAAAAUGAUCUUACUUUCAACUAAUGCUGGAGUUAUUUAUCUUAUUGAUGCUUUUCAAGGCUCACAAUUGCACACAUUCACGGGAAUUGGAAGUUCUCCAACCUCAUAUUUUGAGGCAUGUUUUUCACCAGAUUCUCAGUAUGUAAUAUCAGGUUCUAAAGAUGGUCGUGUACAUGUAUGGGCAGCUGAUAGUGGACAGAAGGUAGCUGUGUUAGAUGGAAAUCAUCCAGGACCCACACAUUGUGUUAAAUUUAAUCCAAAGUUCAUGACAAUGACGACUGCUUGUACAAAUGUUGCUUUUUGGUUACCAAACGUAGAGGAAGUUGAAGGGGCAAAGAAAACGUGAAUACCAUAAACCAUUAUUCUGUAUUGCAAACAUUUGUUGCAUUCUCUCAAUGCAGCACACAGGUCCUUGGGCUUGGUGGUAUUCCAGUGUGACAAUUAAGAAGCGACAAUAUCAGUGCUAUGUGAAUGUCCUAACAGUCUAAACAAUGCUAUUAGGUGAACAGCCCACCUGCUGUAAUUAAGGUUUGAUACCAAUUCACCUAGACUGGUCUGGUACUAUUUAUGCACUAUUGUUGAAACACUUGCAAUAUUUAUUGUAUCAUAUACAAUCUAUUCUUGUCCCUGUAAAAAAAGGUGCCAAUUUUUUUUCAUAAGGAAUACUGUAGACCUGCCCCAACACUAGAUGCAAUAUGUCAUAUGAAGUUUGAUUUGUUCUGGAAAAGUAAAAACCAAUCAAACUUUGUGUAACACCAGACAUUCCAUGCUUGACAUUAUAAUGAAAUCAUCACGGAAUAAAG